AUGGUCAACGGCUUCUCUCCCCACCUUAACGGUGUCGCCAGCCCUAAUCCCCUGGCUGGUGGUCCCAUCCCUGCACAUGCCGUCCCUCCUUCACCAGCGUCGCCGGUGUCGUUCACGGAAGAUCAGGUCGCCGCACUGCGUACACAAAUUCAUGCCUUCAGAUCAAUCCAGCGAGGCGCCCCGAUCCCAGAGCACAUUCAAAACGCAUUGCUCCCUCAAAACAAUGCCAUCACUGCUCUCGAAAAGUCCGUGCAGGGCCCUGAUGUGCCGGCUAGGAUUGUCGACGCCGCCGUGAAAAUAAACGGUGCACCCAGUGAGGCACAUGCCUCGGCCACCCCAGAGGUGCGGGGUUCCUCAGAAGAAAAGGCAGCCGUAAAAUCAGAAGAGCAAGAGAUAGAAGUAGAUGGUCCAUUAGGCCCCUUCCUUGAAGAGGACACAAAAUCACCGAUUUAUCCUUACAACGCCUAUGUCCAUCCGUUCUCCCACCUUAAGCGCCCAGAUAAUCUGUCGCCUGCUCAGCAACAAUUAUGGGCAACUCGGCUUCAACGCCUCCUCGUUCCCUCGGUUAUGCCAGCUGGACUCGACCCUCACCAGGUCAUUGCAGAGCGGAAUCGGUACGUCGAUGCUCGGAUUGAACAACGUAUACGGGAGCUGUCCGAUAUGCCGGUUACGAUGGGUGAUGGUGGAUUGGAUUCCAUUUCGUUCUCUAAUGCUGUAGAAGGCAAGGAGAACAAGGAAAACGAGGACGCUCAACAGCAAGCUACCUUGGAGUCCAUUUCUUCUACGAACAAGCUGAUGCAGCUUUCGCGACACGCACAUGGAAAAUUGAAGGCUUUAAUCGAACUCAAGGCGCUUCGUGUACGCGAGAAGCAACGAACCCUGCGUUCUCAGGUCGUUGAGCGUCUUAAUCAUGGUACUUUACUUCCCCUGGACCGUAAGGACUUCCGUCGACCGCGCCGUCCAACAUUACGCGAUGCCCGGACGACCGAACAGCUCGAACGGAAGCAGCGAGCUGAUCGUGAGCGAAGGGUGAAGAGCAAGCACUUGGAGCAGCUUGGAGUUAUCUGCAAGCAUGGGCAAGAGAUGAUUGCCGUCAAUCGGGCUCAUCAGGACCGCGCGUUGAAGCUUGGCCGUGCUGUCCAAUCCAUGCAUGCUUUCACGGAGAAGGAGGAAGCCAAGCGUAUUGAGCGAAUCUCGAAGGAGCGUCUUAAGGCUUUGAAGAACGACGAUGAAGAGGCGUACAUGAAACUUAUCGAUACUGCCAAGGAUACUCGUAUUACACAUUUGCUUCGCCAAACGGAUGCUUACCUUGACUCCCUUGCUCAGGCUGUGGUCGCACAGCAGAAUGAUGAUGUACACGGACCGGCAAUUAUCACGGGACAGCAGGAAGAGGGUCCUGCGGACGAAACGAUGUUCGGGGCGCAGAAGGUGGUCGAUCCUGACGAGAAGACGAAAAUUGACUAUUAUGCUGUGGCGCAUAGAAUCAAAGAAAAAAUCUCGAAGCAACCGAAUAUUCUUGUCGGUGGCACGUUGAAAGAGUAUCAGCUAAAAGGUCUCCAAUGGAUGGUCAGUUUGUAUAACAACAGGUUGAAUGGUAUCCUUGCCGAUGAAAUGGGUCUCGGCAAGACGAUUCAGACGAUUUCACUGAUUACCUUCCUCAUCGAAACCAAGAAGCAGCGCGGACCGUUUCUUGUCAUUGUUCCAUUGUCAACCAUGACGAACUGGACAGGUGAAUUUGCGAAGUGGGCUCCGGCUGUCAAGACGAUUUCCUAUAAAGGCAACCCGCUUCAGCGAAGACAGCUGCAGAAUGAGAUUAGGAUGGGCAAUUUCCAGGUACUCCUUACUACAUAUGAGUAUAUUAUCAAGGAUAGGCCUGUCUUGAGCAAACUGAAGUGGCUGCAUAUCAUCAUUGAUGAGGGUCACAGAAUGAAAAAUACGCAGAGCAAGCUCUCACAGACUCUCUCAAUGUACUAUCACUCCCGCUACCGUCUCAUUCUCACGGGUACUCCGCUACAGAAUAACUUGCCCGAACUGUGGGCCCUGCUCAACUUUGCCCUUCCCAAGAUCUUCAACUCGGUUAAAUCGUUCGAUGAAUGGUUCAACACGCCCUUCGCAAACUCUGGGUCAUCUGAUAAGAUAGAGCUGAACGAAGAAGAGGCUCUGCUUAUUAUUAGGCGUCUGCAUAAGGUGCUCCGGCCGUUCUUGCUGCGUCGAUUGAAGAAGGACGUGGAGUCUGAGUUGCCGGAUAAGGUUGAGAAGAUUAUUAAGAUUAGGAUGAGUGCGCUGCAGUCGCAGCUGUACAAGCAGAUGAAGAAGUAUAAGAUGAUUGCUGAUGGGAAGGAUGCGAAAGGGAAAUCGACUGGUGGUGUGAAAGGUCUUAGCAACGAGCUCAUGCAGCUCCGGAAAAUCUGCCAGCACCCGUUCUUGUUCGAUAGUGUGGAGGAUAAGAUUAGUCCGAGUGGUAUGAUUGACGAUAAUAUUUGGCGUGUUGCCGGCAAGUUCGAGCUUCUUGUUCGGGUUCUGCCUAAGUUCUUCGCUACUGGCCACAGAGUCCUCAUCUUCUUCCAGAUGACUAAGGUCAUGGACAUCAUGGAGGACUUUAUGAAGUCUCAAGGCUGGCAAUAUCUUCGACUUGAUGGUGGGACGAAGACAGAGGAACGUGCUUCCCAUGUCCAGGUUUUCAAUGCGAAGGAUUCGCCCAUCCAAGUAUUCAUUUUGUCAACGAGAGCUGGAGGUCUUGGUUUGAACUUGCAAUCUGCAGAUACUGUCAUUAUCUUUGACUCUGAUUGGAACCCUCACGCCGAUCUUCAGGCUCAGGAUCGUGCUCAUCGUAUUGGUCAAACGAAGGCCGUUCGCAUUCUUCGGUUUAUUACGGAGAAGAGUGUAGAAGAGGCUAUGUAUGCGCGUGCGCGGUACAAGCUUGAUAUUGAUGACAAGGUCAUUCAAGCUGGUCGGUUCGAUAACAAGUCGACGCAGGAGGAACAGGAAGAGUUCUUGCGAUCUAUCCUUGAAGCCGACCAAGAAGAGGAUAACGAAGAGUCAGGCGACAUGAACGACGACGAGAUCAAUGAGAUCAUCGCACGUAACGAUAACGAGAUUGAGGUUUUCAAGGACAUGGACAUCCAGCGACUUCGCGACCAGAAGAAUAACUGGGUGAUGUCUGGUCACCAUGGUCCUCCGCCGCAGCCGCUCAUCCAGCUCGAAGAGCUGCCGGAGUGUUAUCGUAAUGAUGACUACUUUGAGGCUGUGGCCAUGGAAGAGGAGGCUGAGGGACGUGGACAGAGACGUCGGAAUGUUGUUAGUUACAAUGAUGGUCUUUCGGAUGAUGCUUGGGCAAUGGCACUUGAAGGUGACGAGGAUAUCGAAGAGCUGAUUGAACGGUCUCGUGAAAAGGCUCAACGACGUGCUGCAAAUAAACUUCUUCGUGACAGUGAAGGACAGUCGUCGAGAAACUCACCAGCGGUAGAUGAGAAUCGUGGGCGGAAGAAGAAGGGCCGUCCACCCAAGAACGCUGCUGUUGCUGCUGUUGUUGAAGCCGACUAUGAGCCGUCGAUCUCGAAUGGAAAGAGGAAGCGACCUGGUAAACCUGUUUCGGUCACUCCUUCGAUUGCGGAUGAUGAUGAUGAUCGCGAUGCGAAACGGAGAAAGGUGAAGAAUGCGGAGGUGCCGCCUUCGGUGAGGGAGCGUAUGAAAAAGGUGUUCAAUGAAUGUUACCGUGCUGUGCAAGUCUGCGAGGACCCUGAUAAUGGCAGACGAAGAUGGGAGUUGUUCAAGGAGCUGCCGGAUAGAAGGGACUACCCGGAUUACUACCAAAUGAUCGCUCAGCCGAUUGCGAUGUCACAUCUUCGUAAGCGCGCCCAGACCAACUAUUACAAGGACGUCCAACAGUACCGCGACGAAUGGAGACUCAUGUUCAACAACGCGCGGACGUACAACGUUGAAGGUUCUCUUGUCUACAUCGACGCUGAUGAGAUGGAGAAGGUGUUUAACGAGGUGUUUAAUCGUCUGACGGUCAAUUCGGGUCUUCCUGGUGCCGAGAUAUCGGAGAACGGCGGCGGUGGUGGUGCUGGGUCGUCGAGUGCAGUUGGGAUGGGCGAUGAGGAGGAUAGGCCGGUUUUGUCGAGGAGGAGUAUUGUGAGGACGAACUCGAAGGCGAUUUUGAGCGAUGAGGAUGAUUAUUUGACUCCUAGUGAGGACGACUGA